AACCGUUAAAUGCCGCUCCCCUAUCAUCUCCGAAAAUAGUUUGGUUACCUCGUAGAGACCUCGACCGAUUUUCUGUGAGUUUGUCGCGUUGUCUUGGUGCAGAUAGUUGAGAGACAGUUGGUGAAGUGAUCUGUGUCAAGCCGGUGUCAGAGAAACAUAGUGAGAAUGGCUUCGAAAGCUAAGAAAAGCUCGACGCCUCAACACGGGAGGCCAUCAAGCCCUCUAAGCCCUACGAGGCACUCCCGGAUGCAGGAGAAGCAGGAUUUACAAAACUUGAACGACCGUUUAGCUACUUACAUUGAUAAAGUCAGGUACCUGGAAGCUGAGAAUAACAGGCUCACGCGGGAAAUACAAUCAACACAGGAGACUGUGACCAGGGAGGUCUCCAACAUCAAGUCCAUGUACGAUCAUGAACUUUCGGACGCUAGGAAGCUGCUGGAUGAGACCCACAGGGAAAAGGCACGUCUGGAGAUCGACGUGAAGCGUCUUUUGGACGAAAACGACGAGUUGAAAGCUGAUCUAGCAAAGAAAUCCAAGGAUCUGGUUCUAGCAGAGAAUUCUGCCCGUAUCUAUGAGACAAGGUGCAAUGAAUUGCAGCUCAAGUACAAUCAAGCUAAUGGCGAUGCCAAAAAGGCUAUGGCCGAUGUUAGGGACCUGGAAAAGGAAAGAGACAAGUUGAGGAAGCUUUUGGACGAGCACCGUAAACAGCUCGAAGAAGAGUCUUUGGCUAGGGUAGAAGUUGAGAAUGCCAAUCAAAGUCUCAGAGAAGAGCUUUCAUUUAAAGACCAGGUAUACCAACAGCAGCUCACCGAAACCAGGACCCGUCGCCAGGUUGAGAUCAGCGAACUGGAUGGCCGCCUCGCCGAAAAGUAUGAGGCCAAGCUGCAGGAGACCCUGCAGGAUCUCCGCGACCAGUACGAGUCGCAGAUGGCCAACAACCGCCAGGAGAUCGAGCUGCUCUACGAACAGAAGAUCAAGAACCUGCAGGCGGCCAACGACAGGCACCAAUCUUCGGCCGCUGGCGCCUUGGACGAACUCAGGCAGGUCAGGACCAGGAUCGAUACGUUGAGCACAAGAAUAUCGGAGCUAGAGAACCAGAACGCCGGGCUCGUAGCCAGGGCUAGGGACCUGGAGAAACUGCUGGAGAACGAGCGUAUACGUCAUGCCGAAGACCUGGCGCUCUUGGAAAAGGAGUUGCAGAGACUAAGGGACGAAAUGACCAUUCAGCUGCAGGAAUACCAGGAUCUCAUGGACAUCAAGGUGUCCUUGGACUUGGAGAUCGCGGCCUACCGCAAGCUGCUUGAGUCUGAGGAGGCCAGGUUGAACAUCACCCCGCACGGCAGCGAACGAGAAGUGUCCCACCACAGCACCCGCAGCUCAUCGCAGCGCCGCACCCCCGUCCGCCUUGGGGCCAAGCGCAAGCGCACCCUCCUCGAGGAGAGCCAGGAGUCCAGCCUGUCCGACUACACGGUCAACAGCUCCUCCAAGGGUGAUAUCGAGGUCGCCGAAGUGGACCCGGAGGGUCACUUCGUUAAGCUGCACAACAAGAGCAACCAGGAGGUGGCUCUUGGGGGCUGGCAGGUCAUCCGUAGGGUCGGAGAGGACGAGACCCAGUUUAAAUUCCAUCGCUCCCUUAAGUUAGAGGCUAACGGGUACGUGACCAUCUGGAGCUCGGACCUGAAUAAGGACCACGAGCCGCCCAACAAUCUGGUGAUGAAGGGCCAAAAAUGGGUUAUCGGGGACAAUAUGAUCACCACAGUAUUGAAUAACAAUGGAGAUGAGGUCGCCGUCUCCGAACGGGUGAAGAGACAGCUCUCCAGUUCGCUGCUGAGACACAGAGAGGUGGCGGGGGGCUAUCACAUCGGCUCCGAGGAGCUGCACCACCAGCAGGGGGACCCGCAGGGCGACGAGAAGUGUCGACUGAUGUGAGACACGGCUCCCGUCUAGAAACAGUGUAGCGUUAAGAGUUAAGCCACAGACUUUGAGGAACGCGCCCAUUCGGUCCGCCCCUUCCGUUUCGCGGUGCAUUUCAGUUUGUUUCGUUUAUUCGAGAAUGUCGCCCCUCCUUUUUUAUUUUUCGUAAUUACACGGGCAGAAUGGACGCAGCUUCGUCUGUUAUUGACAAAAAACUUACAGUUGGUAGGCCCCCGUGGGAAUGUCCACAUUCCAGAGUAGUCCCCGACUGGGUUCGUCGCGGAUUUUUUUUUGCUCGGGACGAAUCUAGUCGGCCGUUAGGAUUUGUUUUAAACAAUUGAUGAUGGAUCGGUUGCUUGAAACGAACCUACUAGAUUUGUGGUUUGAAACUAUCGACCUUACAGUCGUUUGUUUCGGACAUUGCCAUAUUCGAUGUAUAGGAUUGACAAAUGCAGUUCACGUGUCAGGUUUUUGUCAAUAUUUUAUUUUUUGUACUAAAGUGUAAUGAAUCUCCUGAAAGGGAUUUAUAGAGCAAGUAAUAUGUUGAAUUAUAAAGACUUUUAUAUAUUUUUAUUUUAUAUAAGUAAAUAAAGGAGUUUAAUUUUUUUGAAUUUUAUAAGAAAUUUUGUGCGUAGCAAGCGUUGCAUUGUCCGUGAAUACUUUUCCAUUUGCCCAAGUUUGCAUUUUUUUUACAACUUUACCGUUCUGCAUUUUAAAAAAUUCUUGGUACGUAGGUUUAAGUAUAACUUUAUGCUUUUUUUGUAUUUCUUCCUUUUUUUUGUGUUCAAUAAAAUACAUUUACUUAUCCUUAGUUUUUAUUGUGCCUUACGACACACCAGCCGUAUUUUUUUUUUUUAAGUUAAUUGUUUGCAUGUCUAGAUUUUAGUCAUCACUGAGAAAAACAUUUAGUGUUAGUCGUGUACUUGAGAAUCGAUGUUUUUCACAAAAAUAAAGUAUAUUUUCACCAAA